UAUCGGUCGCAUCGGCAUCUUCUCUGGCUCUAUUGUCCUCAGCCAAAACUAUAAUAUUUCUGUCGCCGUCAUGGGCGAUCCAGUAAUGUUAAGACAUUCAUGCACAUUAUCAUAGUAUAACUAUUUAAUAGGUGGUUUAUAGGCGCCGAGUUUCUGGACCAAACUAGUUUCACGUCUCCGCUAUUCGCAGCGGUCGCGAUCAGCGGCGGCAGUGAAGCUAGAAAAACGACUUGGCUCCUGCUCGGUUAGUGCCCGUUACGGUACCAAGCCGCGAGUACGUGCACGCCGCCGGUCGUCUCCUCGGUGGGUAACAGAAAAAUAUUUUCUUGAAAAUCAAACUGCGUUCAUCGUUUUGUUGGAUGCUGAAUGAUGUUUUCUCAGUACGUUUCUGCGUGGAAAACCAGCAUGAUUUUCGUCGUCGCGCUUAUCGUUUCGUUUGCCGUUGCCGCCGCGUCCUCCACCGGCGGCAGAUUCGUCGACAUGUGCGUACUCCAGAAAAACACAGUCGUCGAGGAAUACAAACUCAGCACUCUGGACCCUAUGUUUGGCGAAAUACUAACAACUGAAUCGAAUGAAAAUAUUUAUGUCGUAUCAAUAUGCCGUCCUGUACCGAAAAUGUUCUAUGAUCCCAGAAAAUUGUCUGGUGCCAUUAAAUUGACGCCCGAAGGUAACACGAUCAGUCUUGGACGCAUCGACCAAUCCAACGUCAUCGUUAACGAGAAUAGUAUUGUGCUUACAUAUGUUGGUGGUGAUCGAGAUAGAGAUAUAGAAGACACGUGCAAAGGUCUAAGAUGGACAACGUAUGUGACGUUCAUAUGUGAUCCUUUGGCAAUCCAUGAUAUUUUAACAUUGAUUGACGAAGAUCCUGAUCAACCUGAAAUAUGUCAAGUGUGGUUUGAAGUAAUAACGUCUAAAAUAUGUGACCGUCAGCCACAUUUACCAUUAGUGGUUACGGAAAGAGAUAUUUCUACACAAAAAAAUCAGACUGAAUAUGAAAAAUACAACGUGAGAGAGUCAACUCAUUCCUAUGAAAUUCCUUCUAGGAAAAAUGGGUUUGAUUACGAAACAAGAAACAUCAAUAAGAAUAAUAAAUCUUCAAAUAUUGCAAAUGAAAAAAAGCCUCAUAUGAAUUAUUUAGACAACAAAUUUAAUAAAUCUUUUAGAAAUGAAAAUUUUAGAACCAUUAAAGAAAAUAAAACAAACAACGAGGAAAUUAAAAAUGGUAACUCAACUCGAGUUAAUUCAAAAUACCAGGAAAAACAAUCAGACAGUGAAAAUAAAGAUAAUUAUUUAAACAAGUAUAAAAAAUCAUUCUACGAAAAAAAUGAAGAGGAGGAAGCUAAAUCAGGUCAUUUUAAACCAAAUACACCUGAAGACAAAAUGUCCGCAGAUCAUAUUAUGAAUAACAAACCCUGGAUCAAACAUAAUAUGUUACAUUAUGAAAACAAAGCACAUUACCCAAGUAAUAAUUUUGAAAAUAAAUUGGCUUAUUUCAAAAUUAAUAACAUCGUGCCUGGUGUAUCGUCUAAUAAAGAAUAUAAUUAUCCAGGAAAAAAUGAAAGUAUUUCACACUAUAAUGAUUUGAAAAAAUAUCUUAAUCAAAAUAAAAACACUGAAGGUAAAUAUGAAAAUUCGGUUAUAAGUGAAUCAACUAAAUAUGAUGAAAAUAUGUUUGGUAAUUUAUAUCCGGAAAAUGCCUUAAAUAACGAUACGAAAUACAAGAAGUUCAGAGACAAUGAAAAUAUUGAAAAAACUUCUAGCCGAAACACAUUUGAAAACAAAACAUCAGAUAAAGAGAUGAAUGAUUUUGGUGAACACAAAAUUCCUUCAGAUAACAAAACAAAGUUGAAACAAGAUAAUUCAAAAAAAUCGAAUUUAAAUAACGACCCACGUAUUUAUAAUAAAACUCCGAACACGGACAACGAAAUUAUAUAUAAUACAACUGACGAACAAAUAUUUAAUACUUCAUAUCAAAGGCAAUCGAAAGAUAACAAUUCGAUUAUUUAUGAUAACAAGGUGCCAGGUGAUGUAACUAAAGAAAAUAAAGCCAACCAAACGCAUUCACAAAACAAUAAUCCAGAGACCAAGUCAUCUCAAAUAGAAGAUCAAAAAAAUGAAAUCGAAAACAAUCCGAAGAAAGUUAAUGGUUCAAUAACCGAGAGUACACCCCGUACCGACUCGAUGACUGAGAAUAAAGCAAAGGGUAGUGGAGAUAAAGGUGUUGAUGCUCAUAAUAUUAAUAGGACAAAACAUAGCACAAAUAAUGGUGCAAAUCAAACUCAUUCUCAAAACAAUAAUCCAGAGUCCAAGUCAUCUCAAAAAAAUGAAAUCGAAAACAAUCCAAAGAACGUUAAUGGUUCAAUAACCGAGAGUACACCCCGUACCGACUCGAUGACUGGGAAUAAAGCAAAUGGUAGUGGAGAUAAAGGUGUCGAUGCUAAUACUAUUAAUAUUGCUAAUACAAAUGAAACUAAUCCAACCAAUAAAAUGAAAAAUGAUUAUAAUUCAACUAGUGAUAGUGAUAAUAACACUACUUCUGUCACUGUCAAGCCCACAAAAACUAGUUCACCAAACACAAAGGAUAAUGACUAUACUGAUGAAUCUGGUGAAGUAAAUGGUUCGUCCACUGAAUCGCCGGUUGACGGAUCGUUACACAAUAUUACAACAAACAAUAAAUCAGAACCAAACGGUACAAUUGCAAAUGAAAUCAAUAAUGUAAACAAAAACCUACAACCAGACCAAUCGAUACCGGUACCUAGUGCACAAUCAUCGGAUAGUGAUGAAAACGAUGAAAUAAAAACGACGACUACAGAUAGUACAAGCCAAUCAGGAAACGGCUUUAGUUUCGAUAAAUUGUUUUCGAACAUUUUCCCUAACGGUAUUCAUAUAUCUGCUGCUACAAUAAUAGGAGCAUUAGCGUCAUUGACAGCAGUUACUGGAGUAGUUGGAACAGCCAUAAAUCGUUAUUAUUAUAAACUAUCUGGUACAGAUCAAAUACCCUUUAAAGGAACAUUCCAAUCGAUUUUUAAUUCGAUUAAAGUCAUUAUAAUAUCAUUCUGCUGUUGUUGUCGUCGUGGUGGUUAUGAUGAUUUAGAAGCACCAGACUUAACGAAUGAAAAAACACCACUUUUACAGCCUAAAUUUAAUAUAUCAACCCCUCAAAUCGUAGAUGAAACGUCUCAAAAAUCUAGUGAUAGCAGUAACAACGAAGAUAGUAGUAAACAAAAUAGUAAUAAUGAAUAUGGUAGUAUUUCAAAUGAAAAGAAAUCUUCGGUAUCUAAAACAAAAGUCCGUAAACUUAAACGAAAAUCAAAGAAUUCAGAUAAGAAUUUAAGUUAUUCUACACCAGAAGAUGAAUCGCUUGUAAAAAAUGUCAAAGAAAAACUUAUUAAUAUUGAGAAUAAUUUUCAAGGAAAAUCUAUAAAAGAAGUUAUAAGCGGAAAAAUAAAUAAAAUAUUCACCGAAAAAGUAAAACCGACAAUCAGUAGUAUCGUCGAAAAAGUGGGCAAAAAAGUCGAAUCAACUGAUGAAAUUAAGAAGAACUUGGAUAAAAUAUCUAAAGAUGCAGCAUUGAUAUCCAAAUUUGUAGAAAACGAAAAGCCAACAAAAAAUACUGAUGAUGUUCGGGUGGAUGUUGAAAUCGAAUCAGAAAAUAAUUUGGAAAAAACACACUUAAACAAAAUUGAAACACAAAAUGCUGCAAUUCAAGAAGAGAUCAAAAGUACAACCCUCGGCGAAUCACAACAAUCUCCUAACUCUAAGCCUUUGAUUGAAGAUACCGUUUUACAAGUGUCAGUACCGGAUCUACAACAAAUUGAAAGGAAUGAACAAGCAUCCGACUUAAAAACAAGUACAUUAGACAGAGUUACAACCCAAGAACUAAUCGAAAGUAAACAAAACGAAGAGGAUAUUAUCAUAAAAAAUGAUAACCCUGUCGUUACCGACACUAAGACUAAAAUUAACGAAUCGAAAUUAAAGUUCUUAGGAUUCGAUAAAGAAGAUAAAAAUGUGGAAAAUGUGGUAACUGACGAAUCCAUCGCAUCCCAUAAAAAUAUUGAAAAUGAAGAGGAUGACGUUGAAGUUAUCGAAGAAAUUAUAUACAUCGACGGGGCUGACGGUGACGAAGGUGAAGAAAUUAUUGAAGAAAUAAUAGAAACUACUACGAUUGAGGAUUCACCGGACACGUUGGACGAAUCUUUACCUGGUUCGGGGCACACCAAGGUCACAGUCAAGACAACUCGUAAAAUAUCGUCAUCUUCGUUGCCCGGGGAAGUGAGAACCAUCGAAGAGACCGUAGUCACCGACGGUAUACCGGAAAAUGAGAAAAAACCGCCUGGUUUCCAGUUUGGUGUCGGGAAAUCCGGAAUCAGCAUGAGCGUCGGCGAUAAAAAGAUGGAGAUCGGUAAGUCCGGAUUGAAGUUGAACCGCAGCAAAAGCAAAUCACCGAAGAAUGUGGAAGGCGAUGAGCCUGACAAGCGAGACACAAAGUCUCCGGAAAAGUCCAAGAAGUCCAUGUCGUUGCCCAAAAUAUUUAAAAGGUCGAUCUCUCAACCGACGGACGACGACAUCCAAGAAGCCGAGAACGAGUCUGCGUCUACUAAAAAAUUGUCCCGGGCAGGUUCCGGUUUGUUGAAAUUUGGAAAAUCGAGAUCCAAAUCAUCUUUGGUCUUAAAGACGGAUGAUGUCACGAUAGACACUGACUCGAUGUUAAACUUCAUUGAUAACGAACGGAAUGCGUCGCGUACAUCGAAUGCAGGACAAGGUGAAUUCGAUUUAUCCGUCGGCGAUGAAGAUGUUGCCUCAGCGGUGGUCGUUCGUAAGACGUCCACAACAACUUCUGAUGGAAAAGACACUCCGGUGAGCAAAGAAACCGUCGAAAUAUCUCCUAAAAAAUUAGGGUUUGGGUCGGCUAGUGACCCCAAACCGACCAAAAGUGCCGAAACCAAGUCGAGCGCCAAAACUAAACGUGAAAAAAAAGACAAAACGAAAUUAACGACUUUAACUCGGCCGUUUUAAAUGUACAUAGAUCUAAGGAAUAGUUUUAAUCUUACCGUGUAAGAAACUGGAAUAUUAUUGGUUCUUUUGUGUAUUAUUUUUAAUUAUGUCUUUAAUAAAU